GAGAGAGCCGUCUCCACUAGCAGCCAAAGCCUGUCCAUAAACUCCAGCCUCUUCCUCCCUCCAUCUGGCAGUGCAUGCAGAAGAGAGAGGAGGGCGAGAGAGAGAGAGAGAGAGAGAGAGGGCCAGUGUGUGUGUGUAUCCACAGGGUUUCGAAUCACAGGCAGAUCCAGCGUCACUCUCUCAGACAGAGUCUGUCGUCACGGGCGACAGAAGGUAUCUCCUCCACAUCAGCAUCACUGUAGAGACGGAACGCGAGGCGGCGGCAGCAUCCAGUGGUCGUCGCAGCAACAAGAGCAUCCGAGGACUUCCAGGACUGUAGAAGGCUUUCGCCAGGGGCUCGGAGAAGAAAACCGGGGCCAAUCGCCUCCCUUGCACCUCGUUCUGCUUCACUUUGUCACUGAAGGACAGCUGUGGGCGAGCGUGGAUGAACAGACAGGGAUAGAGAUAAAGGAGUGGAAUCAGUGGGUUUGUGUGUGGGGGAAAGUGAGGGGAAUAGAGAGAAGCGUUUAUAUAUGAGUGUAUGACAGUGAGUUAGUGUGUUUUUGUAUGAUGGUGAUGACAUACGUGCUACUGAACAGACAGGAUGAUCCGAGCUCAGUUGAGCCGUAAGCUCUUUUGGGAAGAGAGGAAAAGAAAACCAGCACACUGUUUCUACUACUGACAAGGGGAGAGGUGAGCGACAGAGAUAGAGACAGAGAGAGAGAGCACUUUCUGUUAUAAAGUCUUCUAUAUUCCCACAGAGGCUGGUGCUAUUAAAUUUGGUGUCGUGUGAAAUGUUCUAGUGCCUCAAAUUGACAGCAACGAUUUGGAGGGUCAAGUUCUGCUCUUUAAUUUUCUUCCCGGAGCAAAAGACGUGGAAUUUACCUCCUCUCGUGACUUUUGGAGGGACGUGGUAGCUGGUGGAUUUCACAUAUCUUCAAGGGAACUAGAUUGAGAUCAGAAAAUGGAAAGAAAUGACCAGUCGUCGAUUAAAGAAUCAGAAAUUUAGGAUGUGAUUUAAUUCCCGGCAAAGCACUGAUCACAACACUUAUUAUCCUUUCAGAGAAGAGAAAAGUUGGAAUAUUUGUACACAUUUAGUUCUGACUUUUAAAAUCAAAAAGAAAUAACUACCCCCCAAAAAAGAAACUUUCGAAAAGAGGCACAUCUGUUCUUCAUUUCUUCUGCAAAUAUUUUUAUUCAAACACUGAAAGUAAUGCAAUGCUGGAAGUUUUCUUUUCCCACCUGGAUUGGAUUUUAUAAGUUCAAAAUGGACCUUCUCGCCGUAUAAGGAUCUGUCUCUCUAUUGCACCAUGCACAAAUGAAUACAAUCCUCUUCAUCAUGUACACAUUUCUGCUUCAUAGACAACAGCUUUCAGUCCCAAAUUAGUCCAAAACUUCACGCUAAACACACACAAUGAAAUGAACCACUGCAACCUGGAGUUGAAUGUGUGUUUCUUGGAUAUAACAGUCAAACCGUCCUUCAAUGAAUCCAGCACCUUCCCUAUCAACCGCAUCUCUCCCCGGAUCCCCGACAUGCUCGGCGGUACACAGCAAGAGGAGGCUUGACCCCAGACCCAGCGAGGUCUCUCGGCUGCCCAGGCAUUUUUAAGAUGUUGAACCCUCCCUGCGUGGCCCGAGCCCCAGAUCGGAUCAGUAGCACUGCGGCUCCCGGUGGCCCCAGACAUGGAUCGUGGCUCGGUUUGCCCCUGCCCUCAGCGCUCCGCAACUCGGCCAGCGAGCAGCCUGUGAAGGAUGUCCCAGAGCGGAGCUCCGGCCCGGGAACCCUCUGAGACCCCCAGUCAGAGAGAACAGAUCCGCAGUCACAUGAAGAUGGUGAUCGAGCAGUUGGAAGGGAUCCUCAAAGAGCUGAAAGAUGUGGCUCAUGAACUGCGGGAGGUGGUGGGUCAGAUUGACAAACUCACAUCGGAUCUUGACUUCGAUCUGGAUCCAGACGAUUGGACGGUUGCGACAGCGAGCAGCACUUCCAGUAGCGAGCGAGGUCUGGGUGAGGCCUUCAGGUUGGACUUCCUCAGCCAGGACAUGCUCUCUGACGGCUGGGACUUCUGCAACUUUUUGGAGGUCUCCAACUCUUCAAAUCGGAAAGCACACAGGGAUGAGGUGGACGAGGGGCUAGAGAAAUCGUCGUCAGCCAUGCCUACGCAUGCCACCGCCAGCGUCUACUCGCAAAUGAACGGGGGUCUUCCCAUCCCUAAUGGACCUUUAAUCAUCACCCCGGACUCCUCCAGCGAAGAAGCAUCCAGUUCAACGUACAGUCAAAAAACCUCCCGAACCUCGGGGACGAGAGAAAGGGUCCGUUUCAGUGACAAAAUCCUCUACCAUGCUUUGUGCUGUGACGAUGAUGAAGAUGAGGUAGAUGACGUCAGAGAGGAAAUAGAUAAAGGGGACUGCGGGAUCCCGGACACGGACAGUGAACCAAGCCCUUUGGCUUGUUCACCCACGCCCCCUUUGUCCUCCUCUGAUCACCCGCCUGGCCUUUAUAACUGUCGGGAAACGGCAUCCGCUGGCCCCUCACCUGUAAAGGUGGCAGUUGUGGGGUCUCACACACUACCCAGGAAAGGUCUUCUUAAUCCAGGUUGCCGGAAAAAACUGCUGCGAAACAGCAGCACGCAAACAGUAUCGGAUAAAAGCACUCAGACUGUAUUGCCCUACAUCCCCGCCAAACAGAAAACCAAGGACCUUUGAGAGAUUGCCCAACUUUGCAUAUAAAAAAGAAUAAAAGAACUAAGAAAAUAUUACAAAAGUACUCUAUACUAUUUAAUAUGGAAUACAUAGAUAAUAGAUGAAAAACAAAAAAAACAAUUACUAAAUAAAUUAUAUAUGGGAAAAUUUCAAGACUUGCUAAAGUCAUUUUUAUGACUAACACAUUUGCAUAUCUAUUGCACAUAUUCGAAAAUAAUGAAUAAUGAAUUGUUUUUGUGAGGUCUUUUUUGAAAUGUUUUUGCCCCUUUAUAUUUUUGUCUGAGGUUUCUUUCCUUUUCCGAGGUUAGCGUUUUAAAGGGGUUAUGCAAUUUAGGAUGCAUUGAUAAAGAUCUCUUUAAUAUCUUCAUGAAGUCAACAUUUGAUUUAUGUAGUUUUUGUUAUUUUAGUGUGUUAGUUUAGUGGCCAUUUAUUUGCUAGUGUGCUUUAUAUGCUAGUGAAAUGUAUUUUUAUCAGUGCCGGCCGGUGGCGGCCUUUUUUUGAGGGCGCACGAUGCAAAGUUCGUCACAAACAUGUAUGUAGCCCGUUGUGUGUUGUUCGUCAUUUCAAAAUAUGUGUUUGGCGUGUCAAGGGAAUCUAUGUGCAUAACUUGUUUUGUCAAAAUAAGUGCCUGCUGCAGACGCCUCUAAAGGGUUUAUGAUAAAAGAAACGUUCGCGUUUGCCAGAUACUCGCUUAAUCUCAUGCGUAAUCAGAGUUUACUGUUAAGGGAGUGUCUAGCGUGUGUUUUGUGAACGUGAGCGUCUAUUUUAUCAUAAACAGUUUUGACGCAUGUGCAGCAUGAUGCACAUGGUUAACAUGAUGCAACAAACACAUAUUUUGAAAACAUGAGCAACACACAUGACACUAAGAACACAUAUUUUAAAAUUGCGCCCCUCGGAAGAGCAGUCAUGAGCCGCCACUGACUUUUAUCAGUUAAACUAAAACACUUUACACUUUAAACCUCCUAAUAUUGGUGCAGUGUGUAAAUUUUAGCAGCAUCUAGGGGUGAGGUUGCGAAUUGCAACCAACGGCUCAGUCCACUGCUCACCCCUCACUUUUAAAACGCAUAGAGAAGCUACUGUAGCUGCCACCGGAAAACAUGUUAUCGUCUGAGACAACUUAGUAAAAAAAGUUUGUCCUUUAAGGGCUUCUGUAGAAACAUGGCGGCACAAAAUGACGACUUCCACGUAAGGGGACCCUUGGUGUAUGUAGAUAAAAACGUCUCAUUCUAAGGUAAUAAAAACAUAAUAGUUCAAUAUAAAAAGGUCAUUAUACACCCCGAUAAUAUAGUUUUGUAUAUUAUUUUGCAUUUUUGUCAAGAUAUGCUUCCAAAAAUUACAGACUGCACCUUUAACACCUGCAACUGACUAAACAUAGCUAUGAUGUAACCUAAAGCCUUUUGGUUAUUUUACCAAAAUGCACACAGCUUUAUGACAUAGACCACCCAAAUUGUUGGUAUUUGUAAAAAUGUUGGUAUUUGUAUAUGAGGAGUCUAUUCCCAGUACACAACCUGGUUUUGGUGCCGGGAUAAAGGGGUAGACAAAAGCAAAGUAUUUUAAAGUGCCUGUUUUCCACUUUGACAUUUACACUGUUUCGGCUCCCGGCGGGGGUACGCAAGGUCGUUGGGGGUUAUGACUUAAAUCUCAGCGCACAAAGGCGAGAUGCAAAAGGUUAUGUCUCCCCAUUCUCGGGCCCAGCAGGGACUGUGAACUCAAUAUUGCUGUGUUUUAUUCAAAGGGAUUUUGCCAAUAGCACAGCUAAUCGAUCCGAUGGAUUGAAGGCUCAGCGAGGGGGCUUCCGUGCAGAGUCCUCGCCUCUCGGUUUCGAGGGUCUUUAACAAAACCCUGUCUCUCUUUUAGAGCUUUUGGUAUUUACUCUACAGUGGAAAAAGUAUUCAGUGGUAGGAGGGGGCGGAGGGUAGCGAGAAAUGUGUGAGUGGGAGGAACACGGAGAGAGAAAGAGAGAGAGAAAUUAUACAUUAGAAGCAAAUGAAGGCCAAAGUAGCUCAGCAAAAUGAGUGUUUGAAGACAGAUUGUUCUUAAUUACCCCCUCAAUGUAAUCAUUUACUCGAAAUCAGCUCUCAGGGGAACAGAGACCAUCUCUAUCAGGGUGAUAGAUCCUGCACAACCAUCUCUCUUCCCAUCCUCCAUCUUACGGCCGUUUCAAAAAAGCCUUCUUCCAUUUUAAAGACAACACAUUUAUUUCGUUAAACCGGAACCUGCGUUUAAC